AUGGAUAGUUGCAAGGCAAUGUCUACUCCAAUGGGAUCCGGAUCUUAUGUUGAUCAAGAUGAAUCAGAUGUUUCUAUUGACAUAACAAAGUAUCGAGGUAUGAUUGGUUCCUUACAUUAUUUGACGGCAAGUCGUCCUGAUAUUAUGUUCAGUGUGUGUCUUUGUGCUCGUUUUCAAGCCAAUCCAAAAGAAUCACAUCUCACCGCUGUUAAGAGGAUCAUGAAGUAUCUCAAGGGAACAACAAAUGUCGGCCUAUGGUAUCCUAAAGGUAGUAUUUUCAAUUUAGUUGGUUAUUCUGACGCUGAUUAUGCAGGAAGUAAAACUGAUCGAAAAAGUACUAAUGGUACAUGUCACAUCCUUGGAAGUGCAUUAGUAUUAGGGGCUUGCAAGAAACAAGUGUGUGUUGCUCUUAGCACUGCCGAAGCGAAAUACAUAGCAGCAGGUAGUUGUUGCACUCAAAUACUUUGGCUUAAGCAACAACUUCGUGACUAUGGACUCGAUCUUGGAUGCAUUCCUCUUCGUUGUGACAACACAAGUGCGAUAAACAUUACAAAGAAUCCGGUCAUGCACUCAAGAACCAAGUAUAUUGACAUUUGA